CGUCGUCUCCUUCCAUUUGACAGUUGAGAAUUGUCCCGUCGUUUCGUUCUUCACAAAUACUCUUUUCAGAUCUCACAUUCUCUCAUCUCCGUCUUAAAUAUCCGCCGGAAAACCCACGCAGCUCGCCGGAUCUGGUGCUUCCGGUGAUCUCCAGCCCUCUGAUGGAGUCUCACGGUUCCGGACUCCGCCGUGUUCUGGUGCUCGCCUUCUGCGUCGCCGGCAUUUGGUCAGCUUAUAUAUACCAAGGAGUUCUUCAAGAGACUGUUUCUACCAAGCGAUUUGGCCCAGACAAGAAGCGGUUUGAACACUUGGCAUUUCUAAACCUGGCACAGAAUGUAGUGUGUUUAAUCUGGUCAUUUAUAAUGAUAAAGCUUUGGUCCAGCAAGAGUAGUGGUGGUGCUCCAUGGUGGAGUUACUGGAGUGCUGGCAUUACUAAUACAAUUGGUCCAGCUAUGGGGAUUGAAGCAUUAAAAUACAUCAGUUACCCUGCCCAAGUCCUGGCAAAAUCCUCAAAAAUGAUUCCAGUGAUGCUGAUGGGUGCCCUAGUUUAUGGUAUAAGAUACACUCUUCCUGAGUAUCUUUGUACUUUCCUUGUUGCUGGGGGUGUAUCUACAUUUGCACUCUCGAAGACUAGCUCAAAGACCAUAAGCAAGCUGGCACACCCGAAUGCUCCACUAGGAUAUGGAUUGUGUUUCCUGAAUCUUGCAUUUGAUGGAUUCACAAAUGCUACUCAGGAUUCAAUUACAGUAAGGUACCCAAAAACAAGUGCUUGGGAUAUAAUGCUGGGAAUGAAUUUGUGGGGUACCAUUUACAACAUUGCCUUCAUGUUUGGAUAUCCGCAUGCCAGUGGAUUCGAGGCGGUCCAGUUCUGCAAACAGCAUCCAGAGGCAGCAUGGGACAUUUUGUAUUACUGUCUGUGCGGUGCAGUUGGCCAGAAUUUUAUAUUUCUAACCAUAAGUCGAUUCGGUUCCCUCACUAACACCACCAUCACAACCACCCGCAAAUUUGUCAGCAUAGUGGUCUCUUCGCUGCUGAGUGGCAAUCCCUUGUCGACAAAGCAAUGGGGGAGCGUUGCCAUGGUCUUCUCUGGGUUGUCAUACCAGAUUUACCUCAAAUGGAGGAAAUUGCAGAGAAUGACGAAGAAGAAAAAGUCCACUUGAACGGUGAUAAUUUUGAUUGUAAACUUUAUUUUUCCUUUUUUGGCUUUAUGUAUUUUUGCCUGUUAUGAUACUAGUGUGGCUGCAAGAUUCAUUAGUCACAUAUGGAAUAUAGGUAAAUGUAUUCAACUAGAUUUUAGUAAAUGUAGUUGGAGGAAGUUUUGAUGCGUC